AUGCCCGCCCACCGCCGCCACCUCUGCUUCCUCCGCGCACUCGUUGGGCUCCGCUCCACCUCCACCGGCGCUGCCACCGCCGCCGCUGGCUUCUCCUCGGCUCCUAGCCGCGGGUGCCCACUCCACGCCGCGCUAUCGCGCCGCGGCGCACCCGCGGCCGCCGCGCUCGCGCUCUUUUCCCGCAUCCGUGCCGCGACCUUGCCGACCCCCUACACCUUCUCCCUCCUCCUCGCCUCCCUCGCCGCCGCCUCCUCCUCCCGCUCCCCCACCCUCUCCGCUGACGUCUGCGAUCGACUCGCUGCCGCGGGGCUUGCGCACGCGCAGGCGCUCAAGUGCGGCGCGCUCGCACACCCCGUCGUCACCAACUGCCUCCUCAAGCUCUACUGCGCGCUCGGCAUGCUCCCCGACGCGCGCAGGGUGUUCGACACGAGCGGCCCCACCGCUCUGGACGCUGUCUCCUGGAACACGAUGGUGUCUGGGUACGGCAAGUGCGGGAACCUGGAGGCCGCGCGGGAGGUGUUCGUCAGAAUGCCCGAUAGGGGCCUGGUUUCCUGGAGCGCAAUGAUCGACGCUUGCGUCCGUGCCGGGGAGUUCAGUGAAGCACUGAGAGUGUUUGAUCAGAUGAAGGGAAAUGGGUUCAGGCCAGACGCCGUGGUGCUGGUGAGCGUGCUCAAGGCUUGCGCGCAUCUGGGCGCUCUUGAGAGGGGGCGGUGGGUUCAUAGGUUUCUCAAAGCAGAGGGGCUUGGAGGGAGGCCAGGGAAUGUCAUGCUUGAGACAGCGCUUGUCGAUAUGUAUUGCAAGUGUGGGUGCAUGAAUGAGUCAUGGUGGGUCUUUGAUGGAGUUCAGAGCCACGAUGUGGUGUUGUGGAAUGCAAUGAUUGGUGGGCUUGCAAUGAAUGGCCAUGGAAAGCGCGCACUUGAGUUGUUCAGAAGGAUGCUUGAUAAGGGGUUUGUGCCGAAUGAGUCAACGUUUGUUGUUGUCUUGUGUGCGUGCACCCACACAGGUCGUGUGGAUGAAGGGAAGGAUGUUUUCAGGUCCAUGCGUGACCAUGGCAUUGAGCCACGGAGGGAGCACUAUGGGUGCUUGGCUGAUCUCCUUGGACGUGCAGGGCUCCUGGAAGAAGCUGAGGCUGUGUUACUGGACAUGCCGAUGGAGCCACAGGCAUCACAGUGGGGGGCUCUAAUGUCAUCAUGCCUGUUGCACAAUAAUGUUGGUGUGGGUGAACGUGUAGGAAAGAAACUUAUUGAGCUAGAGCCAGAUGAUGGUGGACGUUAUGUUGUUCUGUUCAAUCUAUAUGCAGUCAGUGGUUUAUGGGAAGAUGCAAAAGCUCUUCGGAAGAUGAUGGAAGAGAGGGGAGCCAAGAAGGAGACAGGUUUGAGCUUUAUAGAGUGGAAUGGUUUGGUCCAUGAGUUCAGGUCAGGUGAUACAAGACACCCCCAAACAAGGCUGAUCUAUGCAUUAUUGGAAGAUAUGGAGCAGAGAUUAGAACUGAUUGGCUAUGUCAAGGAUACCAGCCAAGUGCUAAUGGACAUGGACGACGAGGAAGAUAAGGGAAAUACCUUGUCCUACCACAGUGAGAGGCUUGCAUUAGCAUUUGGUAUUCUAAACAUUCCCCAUGACAUGCCUAUUCGAAUUGUCAAGAAUCUUCGAGUGUGCUGCGACUGCCAUGUCCAUGCCAAACUUGUGUCCAAGCUCUACCAACGUGAGAUCAUUGUGCGUGACCGCCAUCGCUUCCACUUGUUCCGUGGUGGGGUUUGCUCCUGCAAUGACUUCUGGUGA